AGAGCCAGCUGGUUUUAUUGGGGAAUGAGCCGGCUCCAUAGUGGCAGACAGAGACAGAGAGGAGAGGCAGAGAUACAGAGGCAAGAUUCAGACUGUGUGUGUAGCAGCCAGUAAUUACCUUCCAGCGUCUGAACCAAUCACCAGCCGUAGAGAGAGAGACACAGAGGGAGGAAGCCCGUUUAGAUUGCCAGUCUAUUCCCAGGCAGAGAGGUAGACAGUGUGUAUUGAAUCAGAGUCACAGAGAGGGAACGGAAGUGUUUUCUUUGGAGCGGCACAGCUCAUCCUUUCUCACAUUUGUUGAGUCGUCCUGGGUGAAAACAGAUGGAGAAGAUGAACCACAGCUUAGCAGAGGGUGAAACCAUAGAACCACUGCGUUACCUCAGUAAAGGGGAGGCGGCAUCUAUCGAGACAGAGCUACUGAGGGACUACAGGUUUGGACAACAGCAGCUGAUAGAGAUUUGGGGACAAGCAUGCGCCCUCGCCAUCACUAAGGCCUACCCUCUCAGCUCUCUAGCAAAGAAGCAGCCAACAGUGCUGGUGAUCUGUGGUCCGGAUCAAAAUGGCUCCAUUGGCCUGGUGUGUGCCCGACACCUGCGCAUGUUUGAAUAUGAGCCCACUAUCUACCACCCUAAACGCUCCCCACAAAGUCUACACCAAGACUUUACAGUUCAGUGUGAGAAGAUGGACAUCCCUUUCCUCUCCUACCUUCCCACAGAGGUGCAGCUCAUAAACGAUGCCUAUAACCUAGUGAUUGAUGCCAUGCUGGGGCCAGAGGCAGACUGUUCCAACAUUAAGGAGCCCUACUCUGGUAUUCUGGUCACCCUGAAGCAAGUCAAGACCCCCAUUGCCAGUGUGGAUGUGCCCUCAGGUUGGGACGUAGAAGAACCAAGUCAGGAUGGGAUUAACCCAGAUGUUCUCAUCUCCCUUACAGCACCAAAGAAGUGCGCCAUGAGUUUCUCAGGGAAGCAUUUCUUGGCCGGACGCUUCCUGCCCUAUGACAUCCAGAAAAAAUACGAGCUUAACCUCCCAGACUACCCUGGCACAGACUGUCUCAUAGAAUUGUAACACAUGGCAAACAUAAGAGCCAGUGUGACCACACCUCAUUUUCAACAAUGUACGGUUAAUCUUUUCUCUUGUUUUAUAUUUUAUAGAUUGUUAAUGUGAUUUAAUGUUAACAUCUCAGUUGUGUAGAUCAGGCUACACCUUAUAGCCAUAUGUGCUGUUGAGCUACAGUAGAAGGAUAUUUAGAAACUGUGGUUUGAGUCGUGUCUGUUUAGGGAAUGGCAUGAGGAGUUUUUGUGUCAGUCUACUUGUAAAAGCUGUAGCAUUACACUGUUUUCUGAUUACUUCGCAAAAAAAUGAAAUUUCUUUUUCCACAGUCAGCAAAGAGAGGUGAAUUUUCUAUGACACCAACCACAGGAAUGUGUUUUUUUUCUUCAAAUCUUUUUUGAUGUUCAUGACCUGAUGCUCUUAUGUUUGACUUUCUACUGAAGUGUGCUGCUGAGAUGAGUUAGUGUAGGUUGGCAAUUUUGAAUUUUCUUUUUAUGUGUUUUUGGUUUGUUUGGUCAGCCUGCACUUCUGCAUUACUUUUAUUUCAGUGACUUUAUUAGCUGUUACAAAAGGCCCAGAAGGUCCUCGUCCAAUAAAAAAGUUCCUUUUAAAGGA